AUGUAUUUAAAACUCGAAUCUCUUCUUUUCCAGAUAUCGUCUUUAGUAGAUCAUGGCAGUGGCGGCUCGUUACGACCAAAUGCAGUGGCGCGCGUCGGUCAAUCGGUCAAUUUGGCCGUUGAACGGUUCGUUACGGUUGGCGAGACCAUUGCGGACGAUUAUCAAGAAACACGACAGGGCAUGUACGAAGCUUGUAAAGAAGCGCGUCAAGCUGAAGCUGAAGAAAUGGAAAAACGCAGCAAUAUUAAAAUUGCUGAACUCCAGAAAUUUAUAGAGGAACUUCAAGGUAAGCUUCUGGAGGGAAAACAUAUUGAGCAACAGCUUCAAGUGGAUCUAGCUGGACAAGACAGAGCUGCAUGCCAGCCAACGAUUGACAAAGGAUAUGACGACCAAAAUCAACAACCUGGAAAUGCUUAA